UGCAAGACACUGGGCGUGACUCGGAAAUUUCUCUCAUCCACUUCCGGUGCACUCUGAUAAUCAUGGCACCUCUAAGAAGCACUGCGUUGUUGUGGAGCCUCUUGAGAGGUUCUCGGGGUGUGGAGUGGGUCUGUUUCCGGGACCGAAUCGAGCCCCGGCCUUGUGGCCUGCUCCAAGCACUACCUUCCUCUUUCGAGGCCGGGCUGCCACGCCGCUGGCUCAGCUCCGAGGCCGCAGAAUCUGGUAGCCCAGAGACCAAGAAACCUACAUUUAUGGAUGAAGAAGUUCAGAGCAUACUCACGAAAAUGACAGGCUUGAACUUGCAGAAGACUUUUAAGCCAGCUGUUCAAGAACUGAAACCACCAACCUAUAAGCUAAUGACUCAGGCACAGUUGGAAGAGGCUACAAGACAGGCAGUUGAGGCAGCUAAAGUAAAAUUAAAAAUGCCACCAGUUCUGGAAGAGCGAGUACCAAUAAAUGAUGUGUUAGCUGAAGAUAAGAUUUUGGAAGGAACAGAAACGGCCAAAUACGUGUUUACUGAUAUAUCAUAUAGCAUACCACACCGGGAGCGUUUUAUUGUCGUCAGAGAACCAAGUGGCACACUACGCAAAGCCUCUUGGGAAGAACGGGACCGAAUGAUACAAAUUUAUUUCCCAAAAGAAGGUCGUAAAGUUUUGACACCAGUAAUUUUCAAGGAAGAAAAUAUUACGACUGUGUAUAGCCAGGACAGGCAUGUUGAUGUCCUCAAUUUCUGCUUUGCCCAGUUUGAGCCAGAUUCUGCAGAUUAUAUCAAGGUUCAUCACCUGACCUACGAAGAUAUAGAUAAACAUGGAAAAUACGACCUUUUACGUUCAACAAGAUACUUUGGUGGAAUGGUGUGGUAUUUAGUCAAUAAUAAAAGGAUUGAUGGUUUGCUGAUUGACCAGAUUCAGAGAGAUUUAAUCGAUGAUGCCAUCAGCUUGGUUCGGCUGUAUCACAUACUCCAUCCAGACGGCCAGUCGGCUCAAGAGGCCAAGGAUCAGGCUGCUGAGGGAAUAAAUUUAAUUAAGGUCUUUGCAAAAACAGAAGCACAGAAGGGAGCAUAUAUAGAACUAACACUGCAAACUUAUCAUCAAGAAACACUCAGCCAUUCUGCAGCUUCCUGAAAAUAUUUUUAAAAUACAUUUAUUUUACUAAAUACUGACUACACUUGUCUGUUAAUAUUGAGCUAAAUAUUAAAAACGGUGAGAUUAAAAGGUA